UCCUAGAUAAUUUGAAGUGAUCAGAGGGUUUUCCAGUGGGGCAAACUGCAAAGCGAAAAGGAAGAGCGAAAGAUAGCUUAGAUAUCCUCCUGUUGUGGCACCGGAUUUCCAUAGUAGACGGCGGCGGAGAAGCGGCGGCGGUUGUUUCUACCAGAUCCGAGAGGCUUAAGAGGUGAAGAAGGACACUAUUAUGACGACUACCAGGGGCGGAAACAGCAUUAAUGGUGCCGGACUACAGUCAAUCCCCGCCGCGUCGAGGAAGAUGAUUCAGAGCUUGAAAGAGAUUGUCAACUGUCCUGAGGCGGAGAUCUAUUCUGUUCUCAAAGAAUGCAAUAUGGAUCCCAACGAAACCGUCAACAGGCUUCUCUCUCAAGAUCCUUUUCAUGAGGUGAAGAGCAAACGUGAAAAGAAAAAAGAGACUAAGGAUCCUACAGAGCCCAAACCUCGGGGUGGUCGGGGAAGUAAGGUUGGUUCAGACCAUUAUUUUGGACAGAGUGGUGGAUCAACUCAAUUCUGCUCUUAUGAGCACAAGAAAGAAAAUGGAGUAAACCCUUACAUAGGUGCAGCAUCUGGCAUAACCAAUAACACGAGUCGACUACCACCUUAUGCCAGUUUUUCUUGCAGUAAUCCCAUCACCACGGAAAACAAGUUGAUGCCAGCUGUCACAAUUGAUAGUGAUUUAGUAUCUCCACAACUUCACGGAUAUCAACCUGCUUGGUCAGGGACACCUGGACAUGUUUCAAUGGCUGACAUUGUUAAGAUGGGUCGGCCACAUGGCAAAGUAAUGAACACAGUGAACUCAUCUCAACAUGUCAACCACCAUCAUGUUCAAGCACCUAAAUCUAAGCUUUCACACUAUGAUGUACAUCUAUCAGAGUAUCCUGUUACUAAGGUUUCUGAACUGGACCACGAGACAAGAGUUGAUACAGAACAACAAUCUGCUCCUGAUGAUAACUGGCCCAUUGAUGACCAUAUACAUGUGGACAAGUGCCCACUUGUUAAGGAACAAACCAAUGCAUCUGGGCUUAAUGCAGAUAUAUCUAUCAUUUCAAUCAAUAGAAAUAGUCUGCUACCUCAAUCUCAAGCAGAUGAGGUGCGGUUAGGAGAUGCCUCUAUUGAAAAUAUUAGUUCUACCCGCAUUGGAUCUGUUUGCACCUCGCCUAGAAGGAUAGAUGAGGCCAAUGUUUGCAAUAAAUCUCACUUUAACAACGAAUUAUGUUCAGAUACUGGUUCUUAUCAGCCGCACAUGCAUAAUUUUGAGAAUCAAGAAGAUGUAGAGGCUGAUGUCCAUGUUUCAUCAAUGACUACAAACAUGCAGCAUCUCAGUGUAGAGGAGGACCAGGAGUUACAGCUUGAAGUAGAAAAUUCUACAGUAAUUAUUCCUGACCACUUGCAGGCCCAAGCUGCAGAAUGUUUACAUCUAAGUUUUGGAACUUUUGGUUCUGGCAUUAGUGCUGCUUUUUCCGGGCCUUGUACCUCUAGGGAGAAACAUAGCUUGGAGGGUGCAUCUGUGGAUGUUGCAAGUGUUUCAUCUGCUGGGCAGUCUGAAACUAGGAACUUGGAGUAUUAUGAGAAUGAACCAAUUAGAACAACAGUUGGUGAAAAUCUUGGUCAUAUAAAUUGUGCAAAUGCUGAGAGUUAUGAACCACCCUCUGCUUCAGAACCAACGGAUGCAGAACCUUCCACAUCUAGUUAUGAUUUUGGCAAUCAUCUAAACGCAGCAUUUGCUCAAAAUCAAUCUCUCUCCCAUAUGCAGAACCUUAAUCAAUUCUCAAGUGCAAUGCAACCAACAUAUUCAAACUCUCAAACAAAUUCUUUAUUGGCAUCAAAUGCUCGAGCUACAAGAGAGUCCGACCUUUCUUACUCACCUUUUCCCAUGACACGAUCAAUGGCUACAAAAUAUGGAAACGCAUCAUCUUCCAUUGGUGGAGCAACGAUUUCAAUACCAGAUGCUGGUCUCCCUGGAAAUAAUUUAGGGACAGGGCCGACUCUUCCUCAGCAGCAUCUUUCAGUUCAUCCAUAUUCCCAGCCUACUCAUCCUUUGGGACCAUUUUCCAAUAUGGUUAGUUAUCCUUUCUUGGCUCCUCAGAGUUAUACAUAUAUGCCAUCUGCCUUUCAGCAGCAAGCUCUUGCCAGUAAUGGCCCAUACCAUCAGUCUCUAGCAGCAGCAGCAGCACUUCUGCCUCAAUACAAGAAUAAUGUUUCUUCUGUAAGCAGCUUGCCUCAAUCUUCUGUAUACGGCGGUUUUGGAAAUUCAACCAACCAACUAAGCAACUUCCCUAUGAAUCCUCCGCCUACUGCACCGGGAUACGAUGAUAUUGGGGGAUCCUACCAAUACAAUGAUAUCAAUCACUUGAUCUCUCUUCAACAGAAUGAGAACUCCCCAUUGUGGUUACAUAGACCUGGUACUAGAACAAUGUCAGCUGUUCCUUCAAACACAUAUUACAGCUCAACAAGACAGAACCAGCAGGCAGCUGGGUUUAGGCAGACUCAGCAACCAUCACAGGAUUAUAGAUACCAAAAUCACUACCAUUCACAGGCGGCCAUGGCAAUGGAACGCCAACACCAACAUCAAAACCAAAACCCUAGAGAUUCUCUAGUUGGGUCUCAAGGUCAAUCCUCGAGGCAAUCUCAGCAACUAUGGCAAAAUAGCUAGUAAUCACCUCUUCGGUGCUAAAAAAAGGGUCUUGUAUUGAGUUUGAAAGUAGCCAAUCAAGAUCUGGCUGGUCUUCUUCUCUAUUAGAUUCACUGUCAGCUGCUAGAAAUUUUAAUGCCAUCUGCCCUGUUGGUUGAUUGUGUGCACUAACUUGAAUUAAUCUUACCUUCUUUUUUUCUUUCUAAUUUAGCAAUCUGUUUUCCUGUAUG